UCGACAUACUUGAAAGCAAUGUCAUGAUUAAUUUGCGUUAUUCUCUAAAUGACGCGAUUAUUCCGUCCGUUUCGUAAGUUUGCUAGUUUUAUAUUCGCCUGAAAUUUUACAAGUCAGUCAUUCGUGCCAAUUCAAAGUGUACUUUUAAAUCUUAGAAGAGGAACAUACUAUUUGAAAUACAAAUCUUUUUCAUAGACUUUGUGAACUUUAAUAAUGCAAUAAAAACAUCAAAUGAUUCAGCAGAGCGUUUGUUUUACAGUGAUACAUGGUAUAAAUGAAAUGUUAAUUUUCAUUUGCCAGACACAUUUUAAUAAAUUUGCUUCAACGUGACUCAAGAUUGCUCUUGUCAAAAAUGGAAUUCCCAAACUUAGGUGAACACUGCUCUGAAAAGAGCUGCAAUCGAUUGGACUUUUUACCUGUAAAAUGUGAUGCAUGUUCAGGAAUAUUUUGUGCAGAACAUAUGUCAUACACUGACCAUAGCUGUCCAAGUGCUUAUAAAAAAGAUAUACAGGUUCCAGUAUGUCCUCUUUGCAAUACACCAGUACCUACAAAACGUGGGGAUCCUCCGGAUAUAGCAGUGGGGCAACAUAUGGAUAAUGAAUGCCAAUCGGAUUUAAGAAAACCUAGGCAAAAAAUUUUCUCCAAUAGAUGUUCAUCUAAGGGUUGCAAAAUUAAAGAAAUUGUUCAAAUACGUUGUUCCGAUUGCGGUAAAAAUUUCUGUCUUAAACAUAGACAUCCGACGGAUCACGCGUGUGUAGGCCAAGAAGAAGCUACUCGAAGAAAAAGAUUGGAUGCGCUCGAUAACAAUGUGAAAGUAAAUAGAAGAAAUGGUGAAAUAUUUAAAACCUAUCAGGGUAGUAUGAGCGAAGACGAAGCACUCGCUAGAGCUCUCCAGGCUUCCCUACAAGAAGAAGAUACUGCUAGGCGACGAACUGUCGAAACUGUUCCUUCUGAAAAUAGAGAUAGGUGUAGACUUUCAUAAAAUCUUCACACAAAUUUUUAUAAACGUUGCAAGGUACGUUCUUUAACCGCACAAACAUAGAGAAAUAAUUAUAUCUUUUAGAGAUUUCGAUCUUCUGCUUAAAAAACAGUUUAAUGCUACUCAAUUAGCAUAUUGAAAAGUCAUGACUUACCUUGUAACUUCACCUUUCUAUUUCCUCACCUUAAAAUACUCUGUUCACAUAAACUCUUAGAGAUUUUAUUAUGUACUUCUAGAAAUUCUAUAGAUCUACAGGUGAUAUACAUUACAUUAUCAUUUUAAGUUAUUUUUACAGGGUUUGAUGAAACCUUUAAAAAUUAGGGAGACUUAAAUUAUUUUUGUUAUUUUUGUUUUAAGUUUGGUUUAAAGCAUGUUACUGAAAGUACUACUUUUUAAUGAUAAAGCAAAUAGGAAGGGUUCUAAAGGUUGUGCUUGCACAAGGAUAAUGGUUUUAUCAAUAAAAGCUAAUCAUUUUAAAUUUUAAAUCAUAGUCUAAUUAAUAAAAUAAUAAUCUGUUAUUAUAAGAAAUUGUUAAAAAUCCUAUAAAAUAAUUGUAGAAGAUUAGCAUUUAUUGAAUUUUACUUUAAUACCAUAGUAAAUUUGAUUAGAAGCAAGUAAUAUAAAAGUAAUUAUAGUUAUAAAAUUCACAAAUAUAUCCUGUACUUAUUCUUAUUCUAUACUUUUAUUAUACUUAAUAUUGAAGUUAAUGUACAUACAAUAUAGCUGACAUAUCAAUGUAACCAGCAAUUUACAUAUUUUAUACUUUUUUAACAAGUACGUAUAGUAACAGUGUCUACCUUUUUUGUUAUAUAAAUAUUUUCUCUCAAUUUCUUGGAUUUUUUUAGUAUAGCAAAUACUUAAAGUAUGUGUAGUAUUGAAAUUAUAAAUUAUUCCAUAUUUAUAUAGUAUUAUAUCUAAUUCAAAUAUAUGCUCUAUUUCUUUAAUUAUUUAAUUUAAAAGAAGAAUUACAUUUUGUUAUUUUAUUGUUUAAGGUUUUAAAAAUAACUUUUAUCUAUUUUUAGAAUCACCUAUUUAUUCAGUUCACUUUAAA